CUUCCUCCUCUCAAGCCGGCUCACACUAGUCCCUCAGCCAAAACACGAAGGUCCUGUCGAGUCCAUCCACAACUCUCCAUAAAUCAAAGGUAGUCGGACUUCAUUACAUUCAGAGGCUGAGUUAUUUUCUUGGUAUGGGCAUAUGUUCCUGAACGUUGGUUACAUUCAGUUGGGAUCAUUUAUUAUUCUUGCAGAAGGUGAAGUUGUAAUUAAUUUGGAUCAGACAUUGUUAUUUGGAAUGGAAAUGAUGAGUAAUCUUCAAGAAUCUUAUAUGUCUAGACAUGGGGGAAAAAGAUAUUGGGCACUUGCAAUACCAACGUAUGUUAUGGUGACACUAGUAUUAGUUGUUGGAUUUUACAUCGGCUUCAACUUCAUGUCAACCCCUCCACCAACUUCGUUGAAUACCAUAUUUGGUAAGUUGGAACUAGGUGGAACUGUCUUGUGCCCAAAAAGAUACUGAAAGAAAUUGCUUCAUUUUUUCUUUGUUUUUAGGAUUAUAUUCAACACUAGAAGCAUUCAUAACAGUGGCUAAUUAAGGGAGUUAUCAAUC